AUGGCCGAUACAGAAUUCGAAGACGUCAUCGAAAGCAUCGGUGGCUUCGGCAGGUUCCAGAAGACAUUAUUAUGGCUUUACUUGGCACCGGUGUCCCUGUUAGUUCCAGGAUACUUCUUCGGCCUCAUCUUUAUGUUGUCGGUGCCUGAACACUCUUGCGUUCUCCCGAGUUCUGUGAAGACCUUGAACCUAACAGAAAGCAAAGCUCUACAUCUCCGCGACCUUGUGGUAAGCAGCGACAACUGCUACCUGUCCCUGUCCGCUUUCAACGCCAGCUUCAUUCAAGAUUACCUUCGACACGCUGAGGACGAGAACGAAACAACGCUGGCGUUACCAGACAAGCGGAGGGUACCCUGUACGCAAUUUACGUACGACGACACAGACUACGCCAGCACCGCUGGAACGAAGUGGGACUUAGUGUGCGACCGGGAUCACUUGCCCAGUCUUGUGUUCACCAUGAGCAGCGUUGGUUGCACAGUCGGAACUAUUCUAUUUGGCAUCCUGUCAGACAAGAUUGGCCGGAAGUACACCUUCUUUGCGCUCGUGCUCGUCGCUGCAGUGUUCGGAUUAUCUUCCAUCAUGGCGACACACUUCUUUGCAUUCAUCGUCCUGCGAGCCAUCCACGCCAGCAUCGAGCCGCAAAUGUUUCAGCUGCCCCACAUCAUGCUUCUGGAGCUGGUGGGCCCCAGCGAGAGGACCCUGGUUCUGGGUGUUGUCUGCAUUGCCUGGACGCUUGGGCUCUGCCUCCUGCCGUUCGUGGCCUAUAUAGCGAGGUCUUGGUUCACUCUCGGCCUCAUAUACUCGGCCUGCGCUACAGCUAACUUGCUCUAUUAUAAAAUACUUCCAGAAUCUCCGCGCUGGCUCCUGUCCCAGAACCGUAUGAGCGAUGCAAUCGUCAUCCUGAAACGGAUUGCAAAAAGAAAUGGUGUCGAACCACCGGAGAAUCUGGCGUCUGACCUCGUGAAAGUGCAGAGGGAGCUGGCUCAAGAGACGGAGGAAGAAACGGCGUCGUCACGUGACUUGUUCACCAAGCCCGAGAUCCGCAAGAAUCUUAUCAUCAUUACUCUGUGCUGGGUAGCAAACAACGCCGCCUACUACGGUCUGCACAUCAACGUGACCAACAUGGCUGGAAACGAGUUCCUCAACUUCUUCCUGCUGGCGAUCAUUGAGCUUCCCAGCUACGUCGUCGCCUGGUGGACCAUGGAGCGGCUCGGACGUCGAUGGUCCAGCGUCGGCUUUCAGCUGAUCGUGAGCGGCUCGUGCUUCGCUUCUUGCCUCGUUGAGCCGGAUGCUCACAUGCUCACUACGGCGUGCUUCCUGAUUGCCAAGUUCGCCAACACGGCCUCCUUCAUGGUCAUGUACCAGCAAGCCGCCGAAGUCAUGCCCACGUCUCUGCGAUCGUUCGCGCUCGGCACAUCUUCAGCUAUCUCGUAUGCUCUCAGUAUCAGCAUGCCCUACGUCAUAUUUCUGGCCAAAUACGGCAUGUGGAUCCCGUUCCUCGUCCUGGGCCUUCUGGCCGGCUCGGGAGGCGUGGCUUCCGCCUGGCUGCCGGAGACCGGGGGCUACCCGCUUUGUCAGACCGUCGGCGACGUCACCGAGUUGCGCAAGAGCCAGAAGUUUUUCUCCUGGAACAGGUAA